CUCUCUCUCUCUCUCUCUCUGGGAAAAAAGGAUAGCAGAAGAGAGACCAAGUAAUGCUACCGAGGUCCAACGGCGUUUUUUGGAUGGAAGGAGAAGAAGAGGACGCAGUUUCAUGGACGAGAAACAACAAAGGAGACACGUGUAAAGACGAUGACAUGAAUGCCUCUCUCUCGACCUUCAAAUCGAUGCUCGACAAUGACUGGUAUAUGAACAAUGGUAUGAACCAAUCUCCUCAUGACCUGCAAACCAUCCCUACCCACCCAGAAUUCAAGGACAUAAACAUGCGCUUCUGUUCAAACUCAACGGUUCCCACUGAUAAUCUAUUGCUACAACCAAUGGACUCAUCUUCGUCCUGUUCACCGUCACAGGUGUUCACUCUCGACCCAUCUCAGAUACACUCCUUCUUGCCCCCGAAAUCUUGCUUCUCGUCGCUCUUUAAUGUUCUAUCCAACAACCACUUUGACAAUAGCUUCGAUUUGGGCUAUGAAACCAACAUUUUAGCAAAUCAGAGUUCGAAUUCCCCUGUUUUAAUGGGUUUCAAUGGUCUGAGUUCGCAAACUCAGUUGUGCAGCCCCGAAUUCAGUUCGAGUUCUGAGUUUGCGGCCAACCGUUUGCUGCCGAUACCAGACAACAACGCCUCCAUUGAAAGCGGUUUUACUCCGAUUGGUUUCGAAGGUCUCGAGGGUUCCGUGAAUGCUCUGUUUCCAAACAGGUCUAAGGUUUUGAGGCCACUUGAAGCUUUACCGCCAGUUGGAGCACAGCCCACUCUCUUUCAGAAGAGAGCUGCGUUACGACAAAACUCUGGUGGAGCCAAUACAUUGUGGAAUUUAGGGCUUUCGAGUUCGAGAGGUGAUGAGAUCUGUGGGGAUUGGGGAAAGAGGGAGGCUGUGGGGGAAUCGGAGAGGAAGAGGAAGAGGAACAGUGAGGAUGAUGUUGAUUGUUUGAACUUCGAUGGUUCGGGUCUGAAUUAUGACUCUGAUGAGCCGACUGAGGAUAGGAAGGCUGACGAGAGUCUGAACAAUGGAGGAACUAAUUCGAAUGCAAAUAGCACUAUCACAGUUGGAGAUGACAAAGGAAAGAAGAAGGGGUUACCGGCAAAGAAUUUGAUGGCCGAAAGGCGUCGGAGGAAGAAGCUCAAUGAUAGGCUUUACAUGCUUAGAUCUGUCGUCCCCAAGAUCAGCAAGAUGGAUAGAGCUUCAAUUCUUGGGGAUGCAAUUGAGUACUUGAAGGAGCUUCUACAAAGAAUCAGUGAUCUACACAAUGAACUCGAGGCAACCCCACCAGGCUCUUUGCAGUCGCCUACAAUAAGCUUCCAUCCAUUGACGCCCACUCCCCCUACCCUCCCAUACCGCGUGAAGGAAGAACUAUGCCCAAGCUCAUUGCCAAGCCCCAAUAACCAACCUGCAAGGGUGGAAGUAAGAGUAAGAGAAGGGAGGGCUGUCAACAUCCACAUGUUUUGUGCCCGCAGACCUGGUCUCUUGCUCUCCACUAUGAGAGCCCUGGACAGCCUUGGGCUUGACAUUCAGCAAGCUGUUAUAAGCUGUUUCAAUGGCUUUGCUUUGGAUGUAUUCCGAGCUGAGCAAUGUAGGGAAGGCCAGGAUGUCCUGCCUGAGCAGAUCAAAGCAGUACUUCUGGACUCGGCUGGGUUCCAUAGUGUGAUCUAAUUCACACUCCUACACCACCAUUAAGGGAGGAGAUGAAGUAUCUUGCCGCAUACUUUGUAAAAGGAGCCUUGUCAUUUCUUCCGUAAAUGGUGCUCCCAGCCAGGACAAUUUCAAGUAGGACAGCAAAUGUUCAGGGAGGCAUGUAGUUUAAAUUCUAUAGCGGUUUUUACUUUUCAAUCAUGACUUGAUUGGAAGUUCAUGAAGCAGUGUUGUCAACUACUUUCAGCAUCUCAAUAGAACCUUUUUUUUUUUUAAGAUUGGUAUUUGUUAGGUUUUUUAACAGUGCCUCAAAAGGCGAGAAACAUUGACGUUUUAUCUAGCCCACUCUUUCUCUAGCCUCUCUGUUGAGUAUCCCCAUAAUAUUGCUGGAUGGGUUUGCAAGUUUGCAACCCAACAUGGUGACAUCAGGCCUCUGCUUGGUUGCUUGGCGAUCAGAUCUGCUAUCUAGUGUAUUUCCUGUUCUUCUUGUUUGAAAGAGCAAGUUUGGGAUCCGAGGUGAAGAUGAAUUUAUGAUAUGUGGCGGAAUCAUAUUUUAAUUACUUAAAACAACUUCAUAAAGUUUUAUCCUGUC